AUGUCCGGAUACCCGAAGCGUGUCAACUGCUCUUGGAAGAAGGUGCCGAUCCAAGCAAACCGGUCCUCCCUUCAGCUUCUUCUAGCUCAUGGAGCUGAAGACAACGCAAGAACCGACCCAGCUAAACUGCCCCUGUGCAUCGCUGUCGAAAAUAGAAACACCGAUGCAGUCAAGCUCCGGUUAGCCCACGGCGCUGACGCCAACGCUGAAAUGGGCUAUUUCGGGGGUGCUCUCCACGGGUCAGUUACUCUACGCCCCAUCUAUGAGAACCUGGACAUGGUCCGCUGUCUGCUGAAGUACGGGGCAGACGUGAACAAGCCUGCGGGAGAAUUCGGUGCACCGCUUACCGUUGCUGCAUUAUGUGGAUCUCCCGAGAUGAUGUGCCUCCUGCUGGAGUACGGUGCGGACGCCAACGUUGCGGCCGGCUAA